AUGAGUAAUACAACAUCGUCACCAGCUAAUCAAUAUGAUUUAGUUCAAGCAGCUAAGCAACCUAUUAUUUACAGUUAUUCUGUUACAAUGACAUUUAUAGUAAUCACAAGUAUAUUAAAUGUUAGUGUGCUCUGUCGUCGAGUUCUUCGAUCAUCUUCGUGUACUUAUUAUUUUCUUGCUUCUGUUCCAACUGUUUUAGCGUACGUGGUUGUUUCACCUGUAAAUGCAGUACUUGUACAAACUUAUGGAUUCUAUAUGAGUGGUACACCUGUUGCAUGCAAAAUAGUUUCAUUUCUAAGCUAUGCAACAUCAUUAUGGUAUGGAUUAAUGCUAGUAUGUGCUUCAAUUGAUCGAUAUUUUUCAAGUUCGACAUCAGUUCGUUUACGUCGUCUCAGUCAAGUGCGUGUUGCACAAAGAAUUAUUAUUAUUGUAUGGAUCUUAUCGUCGAUAUAUAUGAGUCCAUUUCUGUUUAUAUAUUAUUAUGAUCCUAACUAUGCCAACAGUAAAAAGUGCACACAAUAUUCGUCAACAUUGAUAGCUGUUUAUCUGAUGACUCGAGUUAUUUUUUAUUAUUUUUUGAUACCAAUUAUUUUAGGCAUAUUUGGUGUAUUAACAAUUUAUAAUAUUCGAAGUCAAAAACAUCGUGUAGCACCAAUGAAUCAAGCAAGUUUGUCACGCCGUACAGAAGGUCAAUUGGCUCGUAUGUUAAUCAUUCAAGUAGCUAUGUAUCUUCUCUUCUUUACACCAUCUGGUGUAACAUAUAUAUUAGUGACAUUUGUACCAUCAAUGAAUACCUCUUAUUAUCAAACAAUUCGAAGUCUGACAAAUGUUUGGCAACAAGGUGGUUAUUUCAUUUCAUUUUUUCUUUAUGUUCUUACCGGCAAAAUCUAUCGGGAAGAACUGAAGAAUAUGUUUAAAUGCAAUCGAAUUCAUCAUCGAAUAUUACAACAAACUGCGGCAGAUAUACCGAUGAAUUUAUUAGCAAAUGUUCCAGUUAAUACUCGUAUCUGA